ACUUACCGAAAGUCUUUAUAUACUCCGUCUAAAAUAAGGAAUUCACUUGCAAACAACCAAAAAAAAUCUAUAUAUUUAUAUGUCACUGUACACUAAAGCCAACUUGGACGCUUUCAACUCAUCCCAUUUGUCGUUGGCUUCACCCGCCUAACAAAUGGCCGCUUUCUCAACUUUUUCUUUUUUCUUCUUCUUCGCAUUGGUGGCGUCUAUUGGUUGCGCCGCCGCAUGCUACACGGCCGUGUUCGGCUUCGGAGAUUCCAUCACCGACGCCGGAAACCUAAUUCACCUCCAGGCCGACGGCACAGUUCCUCAUAUGUACUUCUCUCCGUACGGGGAAACCUUCUUUGGCCAUCCCACCGGCCGCUGCUCUAAUGGCCGAGUCAUCCUUGAUUUCAUUGCACAGCGUUAUGGGUUGCCAUUACCGCCACCCUCGCUGAGCCAGCCGGAUGGGAAUAAAGGAAUAAAUUUUGGGGUGGUGGGAUCUCGUGCGGUGGAUGCGGAAUUUUACAUGAAGAUGGGGAUAUACGAUACCAUCACCAACGUCUCCAUGAUUGACCAAUUGAACUGGUUCCAAGAAGCUCUCCACUCUCUCUGUAAUUCACCUUCAGAUUGCAAGAGAGUGAUGGAAGAGUCUUUGUUUGUGUUGGGAGAGUUCGGUGGCAACGACUACACACACGCGCUUCUUUCAGGAAAAGAUAUUAAUGUCAUCACGACUUUCACCCCACACGUUACCCAAACCAUUGGCCGAGCUGUCCAGAGAUUAGUGGAGUUGGGGGCUAGGACAGUGAUGGUGCCGAGCGUGCUGCCGCUUGGCUGCGCCGCCUCAUAUUUGACGUAUUACCCAAGUGCGAAGGCGGAGGACUACGACGAAUGGGGGUGUCUGAUAUGGGCGAACGACAUGGCUUACCACCACAACAACCUUCUCCAGGAACAGCUCCACCGUCUGCGCCGCCUUCACCCCUACGCCAACAUUGUUUACGCCGAUAUCUUCCAUGCUGCCAUGCAAAUUUAUGUCGCCCCUUCAAAUUCCGGAUUUUCAGCGGGUGCCCUAAGAGCGUGCUGCGGAGGGGGGGGACCCUACAACUUCAACCCUAGUGUUCAAUGCGGAAACGAGGGAGCCACGAGCUGUGAAGACCCUUCCUUAUACGUCAACUGGGACGGCUACCACUUGACCGAGACAGCUUAUUCCUACAUCACCGAUGCUUUAUUAGACGGUCCAUAUACGUAUCCUCGCAUGGACACACUUUGUCCUUCCAACCUCAGGGUUGCUCAAGUUUGAUGAAUUCAUCCAUUGUUAUAUAUUAUUACGUACGUACGUAAUAAUAUUAUUAUUAUUAUUAAUUAUUAUUACGUACGUAAUUGUUAUAUAUUACUAUUAAUUUAUUAUUAUUACUUCUUGAUUAGUGAGACUAGUAUUAUUGGAAAGCGUGCGGAUUGCGCACAAUUGUAUUUAAAAUUGAAUUAGUUAGCCCAAUUCAUUGCACUACGAAUUGAUAUGUUGUGAUAUGAUGUUUAUCAUAAUAAUAAAUGAUGACUAUUAAAUAAUGCUGUUUCACCUGUUUCCCCUAU